AAUGAAUUCUCAAUACGAUCAAAAAGAAAUGAAGAAAGAUACAUCUUCUUUACCAUCUCCCAAACAAUCGGAUGAUCAAGUAGCACCAAAUGAUCAAUCAUCUAAAAUGGAUUAUGAAGAAGAAACUUUGAAUUUUCAACCUUUGACAUCUAAUAAUUAUCCAGUAUCACCACCACACUCUCCUCAUAUAUCAAGCAAGAAUGAUCAAAUGGAUGAACCAUCUACACAUACAAAUAUUAUGUUCAUACCUGAAAUUACUGACAUGAAUCAUUCGCCACCUACUACUCAAUUUGAAACAACCUAUUCUAUUCAGCAACCACAACAAGAACAACAUCAAAAACAAUCAGAAGAUCGGAUGAAAAUAAAACUAUCGGAUUUUUACCUAUUACGUACUCUAGGUACUGGUUCUUUUGGUCGCGUUCAUUUGGUCCAAUCUAAAGUCAAUCAAUUAUAUUAUGCCAUGAAGGUUUUAAACAAAGAAAUAGUCGUAAAGAAAAAGCAAAUCGAACAUACAAACAAUGAACGUAAUGUACUCAUGUCAGUGGAUUAUCCUUUCCUCAUCAAAUUAUGGGGUACAUUUCAAGAUCCUGGUAAUCUUUAUAUGGUCAUGGAUUAUAUUCCUGGAGGUGAAGUAUUUAAUCUAUUACGGAGAAAACAGAGGUUUAGCGAAGAAUGGGCUCGAUUUUAUGCGGCAGAGGCUCUAUUGUCAAUCGCUUAUCUUCAUCAUCAUAAUAUCAUCUAUAGGGACUUGAAACCAGAAAACUUAUUGAUUGAUCUUCAAGGUCAUUUGAAAAUUACAGAUUUUGGUUUUGCAAAAUAUGUUCCUGAUUUGACAUAUACGAUGUGUGGGACUCCAGAUUACUUAGCACCUGAAAUCAUUCAAUCUAAAGGUUAUGGAAAAGCAGUCGAUUAUUGGUCAUUAGGUGUUCUUAUUUAUGAAAUGUUAGCUGGUUAUCCUCCCUUUAUGGAUGAUAAUCAAUUUCGAUUAUAUGAAAAAAUCGUACGAUGUGAACCCAAGUAUCCUGAUCAUUUCUCACCAGCAGCAAAAGAUUUGUUAUCCAAUCUAUUGACAACAGAUUUAACUCGAAGGUAUGGGAAUUUGAAACGUGGUUAUAUGGAUUUGGUAGAUCAUCCUUGGUUUGCGUCAAUGGAUUUUAUCAAGGUGGCCAGUCGACAACUCUCCCCUCCUUAUGUACCUCCCUUCAAGGGUUCAGGAGAUACAAGCAAUUUUGACGAUUAUGAAGAAACAAAAGUGCCUUAUGGUUUAGAUCAACCUGACAAAUAUGGGCGCUAUUUUGGUGAUUUUUAAAAUGAUAGUCAUUUUGUAUAUACUUUUUUUUUUUGUACAU